CUGCGCCGGGAGGCUCGGUUACGGAGGGAGUACCUCUACCGAAAAGCUCAAGAAGCCAAACAGCACAGCAUAGAGGACAAAAAGCAACGACUGAAGAAAGCUUUAGAAGAAAACCGGCUGAUCCCUACAGAGAUCCGCAGAGAGGCUCUCACUCUACAGAAGCAGCUCGAAUUUGAUGAUGAAGGUGGCGAAGGGGUCUCCUCCCAUGUGGAUGAUGAGUACAGGUGGGCCGGAGUUGAAGAUCCAAAGAUCAUGAUUACAACAUCAAGAGACCCAAGUUCUAGAUUAAAAAUGUUUGCUAAGGAAAUGAAGCUUGUUUUCCCCAAUGCUCAGCGCAUGAACAGAGGAAAACAUGAGGUGGGGGCACUAGUGCAAGCAUGCAAAGCCAAUGAAGUUACUGACCUCCUCAUUGUACAUGAACACAGGGGAAUGCCAGAUGGGUUAAUUGUGUGCCACCUUCCAUUUGGACCCACAGCAUAUUUCACCUUGUGCAAUGUGGUCAUGAGGCAUGAUAUUCCAGACCUGGGCACAAUGUCAGAAGCUUAUCCGCAUCUCAUCUUCCACAAUUUCACUUCCCGCCUUGGGCAGCGUGUGUCCAACAUCCUGAAAUAUUUGUUCCCUGUCCCAAAAGAAGACAGCAAGCGAGUGAUGACAUUUGCUAAUAAAGACGACUUUAUUACAUUAAGGCACCAUGUUUAUAGGAAAACCGAUCAUCGAAAUAUUGAACUCUCUGAGAUUGGCCCACGCUUUGAGAUGAAAUUAUAUAUGAUCAAACUGGGCACCUUGGAAAAUGAGAAUACAGCAGAGGUGGAAUGGCGCUGGCACCCAUACACAAAUACAGCCAAGAAGAGAAAAUACCUCAGUAUUGAAUAG